CAAAGAGUUGAUAUAGUUACGACGCUUUACAAYUCGGMACACUUUAAUACACAAUGAUAAAAUCGCUGRUAUUCUGCGUUCUUUCGUUGGUUAUAACACGUGGUCAAGCCCUCAAGUGCAAUGUCUGUCAAGGGUCGUGCAAUAACGUAACAACAUGCGAUAGCAGAAAAAUUGUGGCCAAGGGACAGCCGCCAUACGAUCGAUGCMUUAUCCGCAGAGAGACUUCAAAGGAUGGUAAAAAAAUAGAGACUCGUCAUUGUGCAUAUGCCUAUCAAUGCAAUGUAGAAUUGCGAUGCAGUYACGUUCCAAAGAACUCUACAUGCGAGGUAGGGUGUUGUGACAGUGAUCUAUGUAACAGUGACAGCUUGGUUACAUCGUCAGAACCCACGAAAACCUUCGAGCCAUCCGGUUCUGACCUUUCUUGCUAUUCGUGUUCGGACAUUCCUGUCAAUGAUCAAUCGCUUUUCAAAGARACAACGCCAUGCUCACAGUCGCCCAAACACUCGAGAAAAUGCAGUYYGAACUCUUUUGCCGACAUAAAGUUGAAACAAGAUCGCUGUUUAACGCUCAAAUUACAAGUCAAAGAAAAAUCCGGCGAGUUAAAAGAAAUGCUCGUACGUAAUUGCAGUGACGCAGUAAUGUGUGCCCACAGCAAUGCAUUGUGGGUUUAUGCAAUGAACGAAGUCCCAAUGGCAGCUCMCAAUCAAUCAAUAGGCACAGURGUUAGUGCCCAGUCCUCCUGCUGUUCUGGAAAUCUUUGUGAAAGCAAUACUUCAUCACCGACAACCAGUUUGAGUAGUUUGUUAGCUUUUAUCGUUGUCAUACUUGUAAGCUUGUUUGCUUGAUCCACAUCAUAGUCACAAUCGUARUGAGGAGUUGUGAGGAGUGAUGUGUGCUAAAAUACUUAAUGUAGAGGUAGUGAGUGUGAGAGUACAGGGUCCGCAGUAAUUGGCUCAYGCUGUUGCGGUGUCCCUGCCCAUACUAGGGGCAAAGCUAAUAAAUAAAAAAAAAAAUUAAGUAAGGUCAUCGUUAGGUUGUAAUUAUAUAAUCCAAUACCAACCUUUCUGUUAUAACAGUGUAUUAUUCCAAACAAUAAACAAAACAUUUGAUGGGCUUAGUGUCUACGAUUACAUGU